AUGCUACCUACGAGCGGAACUAUAGCGAGACACACUAGAGCGAAGUUUGCAUUGUAUUUACAGCAAGCUACUAAGGAGCUUAAGACUCUAGCUACGAGGCGACCGGAGCUUAUAGCUUUAAGCUAUUUAAUAGAGUUUGUAGGACCUAAAAUUACGGAGCAAGUAGCUCGUAGACUUCUCUCGGGCGUAGGCUUGUCUAGCAAGAUUGCUUCGGAUGUUCCUAUCGCUCUGCUUUCCGGCGGACAAAGAGUACGGCUAGCUCUGGCGAAAAUUCUAUCGGAUCCUCCACAUCUUCUUAUCCUAGAUGAGGUCACAACACAUCUGGACACCGAUACGAUUCAAGCGCUAGUUAUAGCGUUGAAGACUUACGAGGGGGCGAUCUURGUCGUCACUUACGAUCGGUUUUUCAUAAGAUGCGUGGUUAAGGGAGAAUCUAUGAGGGCUCUGGCUACGGCUUCGAGACCUGAGGAUAAGGAGAGUGAUGAGGAUAGUAGGAGYGAUGAGGAUGAUAAUGAAGCGACGAAGAGGACGAGGAUUGUGUAUAGAUUGAGUAAAGGGAAGUUGAGUGUGUUGAAGAGGGGAAUGGAAGGGUAUGAGGAGAUUGCUGCGAGGAGUGCGGCGAAGAUGGGCAAGGCGUAA